GUCGUUCAGAGCGCACGACGCUCUUUCAACAAUCCUGGUAUCGUGUCUCAGAAAAUAAAAUAAAAUUACAAAAUGUGCUCACUUGUGCCCUCUUUUGUGUUGUUUCUGUGUUUUGAUGUGAUGUUUGUGUUGUUCGAUCGUUGAAAUCAUAACGUUUCAAAAGACCAUCAGCAAGGUUCCAGUUCUCAUUAGAAUACAAUACAAAUUAAUGGGUGAUUAAAACCCUCAGUCACGCUCAGCGUUUCGACGAUGACAGUUAAAAAAUAAGUCAAAUAAAAACCAUGUGAUGAUAAAUACGAAAAAAUGUUCGCGAAGACAGAUCGAUUUUGGGACCGCAGAAAGUAUAAAGUUGCGCGAUGACGACACGAUACCGACUUAACGGGUGUAUAAAAUAAUCGAUUAAAAUCGAUUCUAGACUCGUUUAAAUUUAACAUAGUUUGUGUCUCGCUUUUUUGUGUGUCGCAUUGUAACGCGUGUGUGUUUAUAAUUAAUUUGCUCGAUUUAUUUCGGUUAUUUCAUUUUAUAUCGAUAUUAAUAUUCGUUUCCUGAAGCAAUAUUAGAUAAGGCAUAUUCGCGUAGUGUUUUGUAAAUAAAUAAUUAAUUUUCUGUGUCAUUUAGUGAUAAAACGUAGUGUAAAUAUAAAUCUGUUUCAUUUUACGACGAUACAAGCGCUCGAGCGGCCGCGUAGUUCGGGCAUACGGGUAAUAGCUUAUAUAACUAAUUCUGUAAAAAAAAAAAAAUACGUUCAAUAAUCAUAAGUAAUAAUUCCGUUCCUAUAGGCAAUAUUUUUUAAACCGUUCGAAGAACUUUGAUUCUAAAUAAUACAACGGGGCCAAAAAACUAAAUUUACUUGCAAUUCUUCACAACAAUAAUAUUGUAGAUAGAAUAAAUAUAUUAGAAAACCUGGCUGUUAAUAGCGUUAACGGUAGAACCGAUAUAAAAAUGGUGCCAAACGCGACAACGUUACUAAAAACGACAAUGAGCACACACAUCAAUACAUCAUUUGCUCCGAAUUCGACGUUCCUAGUACCAACUUACAUGACGCAGGAAGAAUUCCUGGCCCUGCAAAUGACGAAUGCGUCUGAUGCAAACACAACAUUGAACGACACGACAAUAAACCAAGUCGUGUUGAGAACUUGGUAUCCGAGUGGCUAUUCACCAGCUCACAUAAUCAUAGCGUCUGUGGUGGUGACCGUUCUGAUGAUAAUGGUCGUGGUGGGGAAUAUGUUGGUGAUAAUAGCAAUAGUGACUGAGAAAGCGUUAAAGAAUAUACAGAACUGGUUCAUCGCGUCAUUAGCGGUGUCGGACUUUUUUUUAGGACUUGUAAUAAUGCCGUUUUCUCUAGCGAACGAGUUAAUGGGCUACUGGAUUUUCGGUUUCUGGUGGUGUGAAAUACAUUCGGCGAUGGAUGUGUUGUUGUGUACAGCGUCGAUAAUGAAUUUGUGUCUCAUAUCGCUGGAUCGCUACUGGAGUAUAACGCAGGCUGUAGAUUAUCUUAAGAAGCGAACGCCAGCACGCGCGGCGCUGAUGAUAGCCGCGGUUUGGCUGAUGAGCGCUCUCGUGUGCAUUCCUCCGUUACUGGGCUGGCGCGUUACGAGACCGCCUGAGCAGUUUCCACAAUGCAAGGUUUCCGAUGACAUCGGCUACGUGGUAUACUCGGCGCUGGGCAGCUUUUACAUACCGUCCUGCAUAAUGGUGUUCGUGUAUAUACGAAUAUACUACGCUGCCAAGGCGAGGGCGAGACGAGGUAUACGAAAAAACCCAAGGCCGAGACCGAACGAACAACAGACGAGCUUCACAAACGCGCCGAAAGGCACGCGGCCGAUGCCGACGACAUCAACCAUAUCUAUUCCACCGGAUAUAGACGCUAACAAUUCUAAUAAUAAUAGGGAAAGUCAAAUAUCAACAAUAGAAACGCAACAGGUACCAAUACCGACCGUUACGUGUGACUUCGCCUCCGACAUAUCAACUAGUGAAGCGGGGGACGUAGCACUACAACCGGACGAGAGGAAAGACACGUUAAAGGUGGUAACAUCAGCGCAAGUAACAAGAAACCCCUUAGCCGCGUGCCCUUAUAGAAGUUCAACGCUCUCCGUAAACGGAGAACUUCAGUUGCAAUCGCAGAGAUGCAGAGCGCCAAGCGUAGCCAUAGACACAGAUAUGGUAUCCGAACUGGAACCAUCGUCAUCAGACUCCGGCGUCGUGUCCCGUUGCGCUGUAGUCAAACCUCUUAAGUUAAGAAUAUGCCAGCCAAUUUUCGGCAAAAAGAGUGACUCGUCACGGAAACAAGAAAAAACUCAACCAACAAAAGCCGAACUGGAACCAGCUUUACCGAAGCAGCAUAAGCCACGUGAUCCGGAAAGGGAAAAGCGAAGGUUGGCGAGAAAGAAAGAGAAGCGGGCGACACUAAUAUUAGGUUUAAUCAUGGGUAGUUUUAUAGCAUGCUGGCUACCAUUCUUCUUCCUUUACAUCUUGAAGGCUGCGUGCAGAGGAUGCAUCAUACCUUCGAGUGCUUUCGCUAUAGCAUUCUGGUUGGGUUAUAUGAACUCCGUCUUAAAUCCUGUAAUAUAUACGAUAUUCAACAAAGAUUUCCGACGAGCAUUCAGAAGGAUACUGUUCAAGUGAUGUUUAGCCUACCUGUGCUGCUACCGGUGUGUCGCCAACAGAAUCAUGCUGGCCCAACAGCGAGCAGCGCCAGGUCUUUACAAUGUACGUUGAUCAAAUCACUAUCCAUUAACUUGAAACGCUUGAAAUUUUUACUUUGUACUAUAAUAUCAUUCGAGUCGAAUAUAUUUUUUAAAGAAUAAUGUGUUCAUUUGUAAAUAAUAUUAUUAUGUUGUAUAGAUUUUCAUACGUGACCUAUUCUGUGAAUACUGUUGUCGCCUAAUGUUACUUUUGUAUUCGGAUAAUCUUAUUGGCGUU